UGCAUAACAGAUUCCGUUUUCUUUUCUAUUUGGUUUGUGCCUUGUCCACGAUCCUUUGCCUUCAAGUCUGCUAGUUCAUGAGGAAAGGAGAAAGACAGACAGUGACAUCAUGAACAAUAGUGGAAAGAGCCAGAAGCCAUCGUUAGGAGAACAAACUUUAGAAAUAGAGCAGGACAUCGACGCACUCUCUCAAGCUAAUUAUGAAAGCAGCGAUAAGCUUUGUGAACCAAUGUACGCUGCUGCACAGGAAUUGGCUAAAGAGUUUAACGUAGAGUUCCUCUCUGCAAAAGCGGUCAAGGAAACACAGGCUCAAAUUCAAACAGUAGCUCUUCAAAUAGAUGGUGUCCGGACAGAGAUCAGUCAGAUCAAAGAACAGAUACCAACACUCAAUAGACAGACAAAGGAUCUAAUGGAGAGUGUGGACAUACUCGAUCAAAUGUAUAGACAGAUCGAUGAAUUGGCACUUCUAAUUGAAUUAGUUACCUCCUCUGUCCAUGAAGCCAAUAGUAGGGUGGAAGAGGCGGAGCGAGAAUUGACGUCAGUUGCGUUGCAGCCGCUUCAAGCCAUGUUAGAAUCACUCAAGAUGGGUCCGAAGAGCUUCCGAUCAUAGCGUUCAUGAAAGAAUUUUACAUUUUUAAGCUGAUAAAAAGAAGUUGACAAUUAGAGAACAUCCUGAUAU